AUGUCAACGUUAGUGCCCACCAUCAUAGGGCUAAAUGAAGCUACGAAGGGCGCUCGAGAUCAGGAGGAAAGCCGCAGAGCCGAGUCACGAUCACGACGAUGUCAUCUGAUAGCCACUUGCGAGGAAACCACGGGUUCGCCGACUCAGAGACAGCAGGUCCACAAUGCUAAAGUGUAUCUGGACAAGGACUAUAAGAUCUACAUUGUCAAACAACCAAGUCCUAGCAUGGCCCCUUUCACUGGACAAUUCUACACGCACCCAGCUUUUGGACAAGAUAACUCGGCCGGCCUUAUCUCGAUGAGCCCGGAAGAACCGCCUCUCGCGCGGUGGGUGUAUCUGGACAAGGACACAAAGCAAUUAAGCUAUGGAAACAGAAAGGAUAGCGAGGAGAACGUGUGCGGUCCGUUCGAUUGGACGGAAGACGAAGAAUAUGUCACCUUGGAGGGGAAUGAGCGAUGGCUGGCAGUGCGAUUGCCAGACGAUGCGCGGAAGGAGCAAGAGGCUAAGGAUCUGGGACUGGAUGAUGAUAAGGCUGUGAAGGGUCUUUGGAGGCUUUACUUCGAUCGCGAUGACAAUAGUCUGGACCUUCCAGAGGGGACAGAGACGGUGAAGAUCCGUUUGAAGCGGGAUCCAGUGGAAGAAGAAGAUGAUGAUUCCUUCUGA